GAUUUGCGGUGACCGUCCACCCCUCCUCAUUGGGCCCGUGCGUCCUAUCACCGAACCCGACUGGCUCGAUUCGCUCUCAUCUACUCUCAGCCUUAUCUGAGGACGGCCGAAUGAGCGAUGAUCCGCCAAUCUCGAUCACCGAAUUCAGGUGGGGAUUCCUCAUGAACGAUCUGGCCUUUGAUGAAAGUCUCGUCGACGGCGUGACCGCUGAGAACGGCCUCGGCAAGUGGCUUUGCGAACCGCCGAAAUCUCGUUCGGUGAUUGAUUACGAGCGUAGGAGGUGCUUGAUUCCCGCUCGGACGACUAGUCGAAGAGAAUCUAAUAAGAAGAAGGGUAAACAUAAACUCGAACCUGUUUGUAUGACUUUGGCAGAGGACGUUUCGCGGUUCAUUGGCUUGGCCUGUAGGUUGAGAGAUCAUUGGGAAUGGAAGACUGGGAAGAUGGUUGGAGAUUGUGUUCCAGGUGGUUGGGAGGAAAUGGUAGAGACCAUAGAAAAAAUCUCAAAAAAGAAGCUCGAUCGACAGUACGUGUGCGUUGGAUCGAUGGUCAAUGGUUACGCAAGUGAUUCAGGUUCUUCGAAUUCCUCCUUGGAGCAACAGAAGCAAAUUCCCAACGUAGAUCUAGUGGACUCAUCUGGGAUGGUCCAGAGCUGCAGGCUUUCAGCCGAAGAGGUCUAUAGAUUCGAGGACGCGCUUCAAGGGAAUUUAGCCAAACAGAACCACGACGCCUCAUCCGUCAACGGUUGA